AUCGAAAUCGAAGCGAAAAUCGGCCGGAUCCUCCGAAAAGAUAGCGAUGAGCGGAUCGUGUUACCCGUGAUGACGCCGACGGUGCUGGAGAAAGUGUGGGCGGAGAAACAGACACGGUUUGAGAGUCAGAUGGAUGUUCACGAGCACAGGGCUAUGAAUGAAUUCUUGAAUGCUUGUGCGACCGUCUCGCAUAAUGAGGCGGGUAGGGUGGCGGUGCGGUAUUCCCAUCCGCGUGAGACGGACUCAUUUCGCACGCUUUCGCCGCUUGGACAUAAAUUCUUGCCUGCUGCGGUCAAACGACACACGAGUGCGAGCGGCGGUGGUAAUAGUCAGAGGGGACUGAAAUUACGCACGACGACUGAUAACGCGACGGGCAAAGUUACGGCGAGGAUUGUGAAGGUGAAAGUGGCGGAUUUGCACAUUUUCAACCCGGGCUGGGAAUACGAUUGUCGUAUUUCCCUCAACUUGGAAGCGAAUAUGCUUUCCCGGCCGGAUUUACCGCCGUACGAAGAUCUCGUCGUCGAUGAAACGACUCCCGCGGAGGGAAGUGUGGGUGUGGGUGUGGGUGUGGGAGUGGGUGAAAGCCCGGACCGCAAUAAAGACCGUCUUUCCUACAAUCACCUCUGCUACCGCGUCGAUCUGACGAAAGUCGAGGUGAAAGGGGUGGCGGGGGCGAAGUAUGAGUUGGAGCUUGAGGUCGAUGCGCACGUGUUGCGGGAGCAGAUGGGGCGGUUGGCGGAGGGGAGGGAGAGUGGGUUUGUGGAUGUUGUGAGUGGGUUUUUGGAUGAUGCUACCUUGCUUAUGAGGCAG